UCAGUGUGGGCUCCUAGGCCGGCGGGGGCGAGGCGGGCUGGGCUGACCCAAGACGGGGUCCCCGCGGGCAUCAAGCCGGGCACAGAAGACCCUCCCAGCAUGCCCAAGGCUUGACCCGUCACUCAAAUUCUUAGGGACAUCAUGUGGGCACUGAGCAGCGGCUGCGGGACAUCUUGGCUGAGCCUCUUUCUAGCCGAGCCAAGGCAAUUCAUUUAAAAUCAACACCAACAGAAAAUAGAGAAUCAAAGGCAGAUGUCGUUUCCUCGCGUCUUUAUUUUAAUGAAAAAAGGGCGACUAUUAUGCAAUGAAAUAUGGCCCAGAUCUGGAGUUCGUGCUUCCUCGUGGCUCACUCGCAAGCCACCAAAAACGUGACUAUUAGCAUUGCAGUGACCCCGGAGUACCCAUUGAUUGGAGACUCGGUUACACUGAUCCCGGUGACAACGGCAAUGGACGUGAUCUCCUGCCUGUGGCUCAAGAGCUUUGAUAGCGAAUACCAUGAGAUCUUCUUGCAUAAGAUAAAACCUGACAAUAAGGUCGUGAUGGGAGAUGGCUACGACGGGAGGCAGAUCCUCCGGUCCAACUGUACCAUGCGUAUCACCCAACUGAAAACCGAGGACAUGACUCUCUACGUUCUCAUCAGGAACACCACUGGGGUGACCGAGAUUGGCAAAACCUUCCUGCGGAUCCUGGAAGAUAGUAAAGCGAACACGCCUUCUCCAGAUCCAGAUGCGGGCGAACCAAAGGUCAUCACCUUGGGCAACAUGGCCGGCAUUGGCGUCGCCUGCCUCAUUGUGUCCCUCUUAAUCGUAGGCCUGAUUAUGUACCGGACCAUGAAACAACCGGAAGGCUUGGGUUCUGGAGAAGGUAGAAGCCCUCAUUCAUCAUCCAACUUGGGUUCUGGAGGACGUAGAAGCCCCCAUACGCCAUCCAAACCUGGGAGCCAACCGAGACUAAGCAUGCAUACUCCUGGACCUGGACCUGCACCCCAGUGAAAUCAGCCCAGGUGUCUAACCUGCAUCCCACCUGGAAUCCACCUGGACCCCAUGGACUUUCUUCCAGAGACCCUAAGAAGACCAAAGAAGAAGAAGAAGUGCUUCAUCUUCCAGGAUAACCUCCCAAACAUCUUGACCAUCCUUUGCACCCAUCCAGGCUCCUUGUUGCCCGGAGAGAAAGAUAAACCCAUUAUAUAUCCACGGAUGGAAUAAAAACCUCCAGUAUCCACCA